GGGUUGUAAAAAGUAAAAUUUUCUUGUAUUAAGUAUUGUGAUGUUCAGUUACACAAACAUGACUACUGUUUAAUGAAGGCAUAGACCAGCCACACUUGAGAUUUAUUUUUUUUUAUAAACAAAAGUCCACAAUCCUGAAUGUAUUGUCUCUACCCACUAUUCAACUAGCUAACCCUGGUCAGGCUUUUCCUUUGCUAGGUGCCACAAAGUAUCUAAAUCUAAACUAAAUCUUAGUUUUUAAAUUCAUAUUCAAAAUUAACAUAAUGUCAUGUUUUUAAUCUUAUACCAUGGACCCUUUCAGGUUAGACAGAAAAACAUAAAUUAUAAAUAGUCCAACCAGACUAUUUAUAAUUUAUGUUUGUUUUUGUUUUGUUUUUGAGACACCUCAAACUACAUUAAAAUUGAGUUUUGUAAGAGAAGUUUAGAUUCUUAUUUUUUUAAUUUGUCCCACUAAAGCUACGGCGACCUGUUUUUCUGUUUGUUUUCUACAACACAGCUCCACCAUAUAUCCGUUUUACUACCGUCAUGUGACAUACUGGAUUUAUUCUCCACUUCUAAGUGUUUACAUCCAGAUGUCUGCUUAUAUGCUAGGCUACAUAAAAAAAUCAAUGUAAUUCAGAAAGAGGAUAACAUAUUUUGUGUAAUUAUGUUAUGAAAGUUGUUUAAUACUACUAUGUUUAAUAUAUCUUUGAAAGAAUCAAAUUAACAUUUUAUUCCUUAUUCUUUGUCCAGUUAACAAGUGUAUUACUAACUGUUUUAACGUCGUUUAGCAGCAGUUAGGCUCCAUCUCAUCAUAUUCCUGCCUUUGUUUCACCGGAUGCUGUUUGACGUACAGCGACGCAAGGCUUCCAGAUCGCGGGUCUUCGUCAUCUCCAUGCGACUACAGAGUGAAGCUUCGCGCCAAGCUGCUGCUACUAACACUGUUGUGUUCAUUUUUGUUCUCUUCUGAUAUUAAGGAAACUUUGGCUGCAAAGGCUGCAAAAGAAGACCCUCUGCUUCUUCACCAUGGACAUUAGGCGGUUCUUUGCACCGACUGCAGCCAAACCUGCGGUGCAGAAACCCCAGAAUGGAAAUUUGAAAGCAGAGGAGAAGAAGAAAAAGAAAGAGACCAAGGUCAAAGCGGAGGAGAAACAACAUGAUGGCGAGAAAAAGAGGAAGAAGCGUGCCAUCAUAGAGUCAGACUCUGAGGAGGAACCAGUGAGGCAGUCUAAAAAAGACAAAGCCAAGCCGAGCAAAAGAACACCACCUUCCAAACAGGAUCCUGUGCAUUACGUCUCUGAAACAGAUUCUGACAGUGACAGCUUUCCAACCUUGAAGAAAGUUUCAAAAGCCAAACAGGACAGCACAUCCAAACACACAAAGACAGAGAGACAUAAUUCUCCACCAGGAGCCAGAGAAGUCGUGAAAUCUCCGCUACAGGUUAAGACUGCGCUGAAGUCUCCACCGGUGCCUGUUCAACCCAAACAAACCCCCACCUCAGUGUUCGACUACUUUGGCAGUGGCACGAUUCAACGCUCAGCCAAGAAGCUGGUUGCCAGUGCUAAAAGAAAAGCUCCAACACAGGACAAAGAUGAUCUAAUCAGUGAUGAAGAACUUGCCAGGCAGCUGCAGAUGGAGGAAGAUGCCGAGCUUGAAAAGCAGGUCCAUGGGGAUGAGGAGUUUGCCAGAACACUCGCCAUGCAGGACAAAGAGCCACAGGCAAAGAAGGCACGGAAAGGUUUUGAUGAGAAACAAACUCCUGCAGCAGUUCCUACUGAGAGCAGCACAAACUCUGCUGACGGCAGCAAGAGCAGCCCAUCACAGAGAAGCCACAUCAAAUCAGAGGACAUCAUCAGCCCGUCUCCAAAGAAGAAAAACCCUUCUCCAGCUAAAGCUAGCUCUAGACUGGCCAUGAUGAAGAAAAGGGAUGAAGAAAAGGCUAUGCAACCGAAAAGCAAAAAUCACAUACCACUCACAAAAGUCUCCCCCAAGAAGGAGCCUCUGGCUUCACCCAUGAAGUUCACACCCAAAACAGGAUCCUCGCCCACUGCAGUUAAAACAUCUCCCAAGAAACCAAAGAGCAUCAGCACGAGUCCCGACGAUGCAGAGAAGAAGAAAGUCAACGCUUCAGCUUACAGAAACUACCUUAACAGAGACGGGCCACAAGCUCUGGGCUCCAAGGAAAUCCCACAGGGAGCAGAGAACUGUUUGGAAGGCUGUGUGUUUGUGCUGACAGGGGUCCUAGAGUCCAUGGAGAGAGAUGAUGCCAAAUCUCUCAUCGAGCGAUACGGGGGGAAAGUUACAGGCAACGUCAGCAAAAAAACCACAUACCUGGUGCAGGGCAGGGACAGUGGAGUCUCAAAGCUGGAGAAGGCUGAGAGUUUGGGAACACAGAUACUGGAUGAGGACGGUCUGCUGGACCUGAUCAGAACUAAACCAGGCAAGAAGUCCAAGUAUGAAAUAGCUGCUGAGGCCCAGAAUAAAGCUUCAAAAACCAGGACUCCUCCCAGUCAAGUGUCAAAGGUUACAAACAGACCUCAGAAGAUCUCUCCUUCCAAGGGUAAUUCCAGGUCCCCUCACACUCCCAGCCCGUCAAAGACUGCUCAGAUACAGGGUCACAGUGUGAAGGGUGGAAGCAGCAGCACGCCACCUGGGAGAGGUUCAGGUCACAUGGCCCGCCGGGAGCUUGGCCUCUCCUCCUCCUCGCCCUCCUUGUCUUCCUCUUCUUGUCUACCUCGAGGCCCUAGCUCUCCAUCAGUAAGUGGAGAAGAUGCCAGUCUCCUCUGGGUGGACAAGUACCGUCCACUCUCCUUGAAGGCAGUGCUUGGUCAGCAGGGAGAUCAGAGCUGUGCCAAUAAACUGCUGCGGUGGCUGAAGAACUGGUACAAAAACAACGGCAGCACCACGUCCAAAGCACCAGCCAGGUUUGGUAAGUUUGGAGGGGGGAGGGAUGAUGGAUCAGGGUUCAAGGCAGCUUUGCUCUCAGGACCCCCUGGUGUGGGAAAGACCACCACCGCAGCCCUGGUCUGUCAGGAACUUGGUUUCAGCUUCGUGGAGAUGAACGCCAGCUGCACUCGCAGUAAAAACAAUCUGAAGGAAGUCGUGGCAGAGUCGCUUAACAACACCAGCAUCGAAGGCUUCUACAAAGGCACCUCGCAGACAGUAAGCAGUAAACACAUCCUGAUCAUGGAUGAGGUUGAUGGGAUGGCUGGUAAUGAGGACCGUGGAGGAAUCCAGGAGAUGAUUGGCCUGAUCAAAAGUUCAAAAAUCCCCAUCAUCUGCAUGUGCAAUGAUCGUAACCACCCCAAGAUCAGGUCACUGGCAAACUACUGCUUUGAUUUGAGAUUUCAGAGGCCGCGAGUGGAACAGAUCAAGGGAGCCAUGAUGUCCAUUGCUUACAAAGAAGGCAUCAAAAUCCCACCUCCAGCUCUUAAUGAAAUCAUCCUUGCGUCCAAUCAGGAUGUUCGACAGGUGAUCCACAACUUGAGCAUGUGGUCGGCCAGAGACAAGGUGAUGACGUACGACCAGUGUAAGUCCGACGCUGCCAGCGCUCGCAAGGACAUGAAACUGGGGCCAUUCGACGUGUGCAGGAAGGUGUUUGCAUUGGGAGAGGAGACGGCGCACAUGAGCUUCAUCGACAAGUCCGACCUCUUCUUCCACGACUACUCACUAGCGCCACUCUUCGUCCAGGAGAACUACCUGCACGUUCGCCCUGUAGCUGCCAGUGGAGACCCCAAGGCCCACCUGGUGCUGCUCAGCAAGACGGCAGACUCCAUCUCUGAUGGAGACCUGGUGGACAGGAGGAUACGCUCUGGACAGAACUGGUCGCUGCUGCCAACUCAGGCCAUCUAUGCCAGUGUGCUACCAGGCGAGCUGAUGAGGGGCUACAUGAGUCAGUUUCCUACGUUUCCCAGCUGGCUCGGCAAAAACUCCUCCACCAAUAAACAUUCUCGUAUAGUUCAGGAGCUGGCUUCACACAUGAGCUUGAAGACAUUUAGCAGCCGACAGGCAGUCAACCUUGACUAUCUGCACUACCUGCGGCAGGCGCUGUUGAGCCCAUUGCAGAAACAUGGAACUGAGGGAGCCGGACAGGCUGUGCAGCUGCUGGAUGACUACCAGCUUGUCAAGGAGGAUGUGGACAGCAUCAUGGAGAUCAGUGUCUGGGGUGGACAGCCUGACCCCUACUCCAAACUGGACUCUAAGGUCAAGGCAGCUUUCACCCGAGCCUACAACAAAGAAGUUCACUUGACGCCGUACUCCCUGCAGAUAGUGAAGAAGAGCCGACGUGGUGGAGGAGAGUCGGAGCUAGGAGGAGAAGACAACGGACACGAGGAGUCAGAAGGUGAAGACAACCUUAAAGUGGACGCUAUGAUUAAACAGAAGAAGAUUAAGACUCCAAAGGAGCCAAAGGAGAAAAAGGAAGAGUCUGGGAAGGGCAAAGGAAAGGGCAAAGGCAAAACUAAGAAAUGAGGAAAAACUUUUUUUUUUUUUUCCUGCUGCUGCUUAAAGAACAGAAUCUCGUAUCUGUCCCUGCACUUACACCAAUCCACAAGCAAGCAAUGGAAAAUAGUGAAACUGAUCCAAGACCCAACAUUCAUCUAAUCACAAGAGUUUUUUCAACUCUGUGCCAUCACUCUGUUUUCCUCUGUACUGAACCAAUGCUGCUCCUUGUCUGCUUGUUCCAUCACUGAUCAUGUGAGUCUGCACUUCUUUUAUAUCAUGUGUCAGAUCAGCCAGGUCCAGGUGUCGAGGGUGUAAAUAAUGUGACUAUUAUCUUUUGCUAUUGUCUUUAGUAAACGAUAGUUUUCCUACUUGAGACUGUAAAGUCCUGUAAAGAUUUCAUGAGAAUGAAUAUAGAAAUAUGUAGCUCAUGAAUGUCGGCGUGCUGUGUUUUUGUUUUGUGUAUUAACGAAAAGUAAAGGAGUACAAAAGUAUUUCUUUUUUGUGUAAAUAAAGUUAACUCGCAUUUACAAAACCA